UUUGUCUAUGUCGAUAUAUUUCAAUUUAAAUCCUAAUUUAGCUUUCCUAACAUAGAAUAAGCUGUCCUAAUAACAAGCACAAAUGGAAUUCAUUUGUUUUUUUACCAAGUUUACUGUAAACAUACAUGGAAUUUACAUUUGAGCAAAGAAAGAGCUUCAACGUACCUUUUGUGACUAACAUAAAAGACAAAGUAAAACCGUAUUCUUAAGAAAUUUGCAUUUUGUAGCUCAUUUAAUCGAAUCGUAGAUUGUAUCACAUGGCUAUUAAAACUACCAUAAAAACGUAACGUGCUUAUGGUAAUCUAGUAAGAACUUAUGGUCUUACGAACUAAUCAAAGAGUGACUUUUUGCUCGUGUACCAUAUCUAUUACCACAAUUUUUUGAAAGAAACGGAAAUGAAAGCCACCACAGAAUGUUGGAAGUGUAUCUACUUACUUGUACUUUUGAUAAAGAUAAGUGGCCCCCGAUAGACAAAUUUGCUUAUGACCUUUAUUUAUCGAAAAAAAUAAYUUGUUUUAAUGCGAAAUUAGCUGAUUAGUAGUGACAUGCACAGAGUUAAUCGGAAUAACAAACAAGCUGUCUGUGCUAURAAAAAUAGAAUCUAUUUUAAAUUUGGAAGUAGUGAAAAAUUCGAUCAGAAAUGUCCGAUUGUGAGAGAAGUUUGGGGCUGUGGAAUUGCGGAAGCGCCGCCCCGUUCAAGUACAUCAAAUAACGAUACUUUUUGACGUUAAAAAAUGCUCAAAUAAAUGUAAUAAUCGUUUUGAGCAAGCAGGUGUUAGUGGGUGUGCUCGUUGAUACCUGGCGACCUGCCAAAAUACGAAAAACCACCUAAUACUUACUCGCAAUUCUUACGGCUCAUCUAAUUUCCUCCUGUUUCAAAAUCAUUAUCGGCUCGUAAAAACGUUCAAUUUGAUGCGAAUCSAGACAAAAUCAAUUACUUCGAUCGACCUCUGGAGACGUUUGAGGGGUGUAACGAUUACAAAGAGAUUUACAAAUCUUUAUCACACACACAUCAAAAUAAAACACAACACAUGAUAAUUUCUUGAUAACAACAAGACACUAUUUUAUCUUAUCACAGGACAACUUACGAAAUAUUUCAAGUUAUAUGCAAAAUUCCACACAUGUGUAAAUUUGUGACGACAUUUCUUUUUCGGUUCGCGAUCCACAACUGCCAACAUUUGAAAAAAUUCGCAAAAUCCCCCAAAUAGAACUGUCAAACAGGCAAUGUCGCAAACCUAACAAAACCAACUUAGCGAUUAUUUUAUUUGAACGUUUUCUAACAAUUUUCUGAAUUUACUCGACUCAGCCCACGCCAAAAAUCAAAAUACUAUGCAAAAUUAGACUUAAAAAAUCAAGAAUUACGUAAACUUAACUCUAAUUUUCUAACUAGCCAUUACCAGCAAAUUAGUAUCAUAAGAACCUGAAAUAAUGUCAGCUAACGUGGACAAAGUUGUAAAAAUAUACAGAUCAUUAAGUCUUGUGCCAUCAUUGGUUGGGGCUAAAUUAAUCAACAAUCAAACUGUUGUCCAUAGUGUAUGGUCACAAAGAAACUUGGAACGGGGCGAAAACACAAAAUUUGUGAGAAGCAUCGGGAUUUCCCCUGAUUUAAGCAAAACAUACGAAUCAUUACCUUUUGAUAUAACUAAUGAACAACUGUCUACCAUCUCACCAUCUGAAAAAUUUAAAGCCGUGUUACGAACCUCCAAUGAAAAACAAUUCAUUGAAGUGUGGCAAAACCAGAAUUUAACAAAAAUUGUUGAUUUAAACGCCUUGGAUAUUCAUGGAGACGUGUACACUGAUGGCGAAUUUCGCUCGUUUGAAUGGUCACCAGAUGAAAGCAAAUUACUCUACAUUGCCGAACUGAAAAUUCCCAAAUCUGAGCCUUUCUACAAGCGAUGUGCCAAAAAACCCAAAGCCAAUGACGAGUCUGACAAGAAAGCCCCGAAAGGGGAGGAGUUUUUGUACAGACAAGACUGGGGAGAACAGCUAGUUGGUAAAAAACGUUCAGUCAUUGCGGAAUAUCAUUUGGAAAAAGACGAAGUUGAAAUAUUGUCCGGUUUGCCUGAAGAUGUUUGCCCAGCACAAGUGACCUAUUCGCCAGAUGGAGCGUUUGUUGUGGGAGUGGCUUACAAGACAGAACCCAGAAAAUUGGGGCUCAUUUAUUGUACCAAUAGACCGAGUACCAUAUUCACGCUAGACUUUGCAGGAAAUUAUGUGCCUUUUCCCUUGGAUAAUAAAGCCGUCAAAUGUCCGAUUUUUACUCCAGACGGGAAGAAUUUAAUCUGGUUGCAAAGAAACGCAGGGGGGCCCCAUCAUUCUGCCAUGAGUCUUAUGAAAGUCCCCCUACCGUUGGAUACCAAGACAGUGCCAAGAGCCGUGUUAGACGUUGUAAAAACUGAAAUUAAAACAGACAAUGAUAGGAACUUUUACGGAUUGUACAAUAUUGGUUUUAUUAAACGUUGCUUUGCUAGUGGAAAUAGAUUGGUAGUCUCAACUAAUCAGAAAAAUACAAUUAAUAGUUAUAUCAUCGAUAUUGACUCUGGAAAAAUCACUGAAUUGAUUUAUGAAAAUGGAAGCCAAAUCGUUUUGGACGUCUGCAAUGACAUUAUUUUAGUCAGUCGUCGAAAUUAUUUAAUGCAAGAUAAACUAGCAAUUUGUAAAUUGCCUCCAAAGGAGAGCGAAGUGCCCCUAAAUUGGACUGAGCUCACAACUUCUACUACACAAGAGGGCUUAGAAAACUGCAUUUAUGAGUAUCUUGACUUGGUUCAAGAGGGCAAUGAUAGUGUCAAAACUUACUCUGCCAUUUAUUUGGGCCCCAAAACCGGAUCAGAAAAAUCGGUAAACUUGGUCGUAUGGCCCCACGGUGGCCCCCAUAGCGCUUUCGCUAACAAUUUCUCCCUUGAAGCCUCCUUAUUUCUUUCGCUCGGUUUCGGGAUUAUUUUUGUCAAUUAUCGGGGCUCAAUUGGGGCUGGCCAAAACAGUGUGAAUUUMCUCCUUGGUAAAAUUGGUCAGUCGGACGUCUCCGAUUGUAUUCUCGCCACUCAAACAGCUCUGCAAAAGUAUUCUUGGUUGAAUCCGGACGGUUUGGUGCUUUUCGGGGGUUCCCAUGGUGGUUUCCUCGUCACGUAUUUGAGUGGGAAAUACCCAGAUAUGUUCAAAGCUGUGGUUGCCCGAAAUCCGGUCAUUGAUGUUGCCRCAAUGAGCAUUACUUCGGAUAUUCCGGAUUGGUGUUACGUCGAAGCUGGCUUCGAAUAUAACCAGGCUGAUAAACCUAGCGAAGAUGCGCUACUUGCCAUGCGCAAGGCUUCACCAAUCGAGCAUGCGCAUAAAGUCAAAGCGCCUACUAUGUUACAAAUAGGGUGUAAGGACUUGAGGGUGCCCCCGCAUCAAGGGCUGGAAUAUUAUCACAGAUUGAAGGCAAAUGGAGUAAAAGUCAAGAUGAAUUUGUACGAGGACAAUCAUCCCUUGGCCCAGAUACCUAAUGAAAUGGAUAACUUGAUUAAUUCAUUGUUGUGGUUCCAGGAACAUCUCUGAUUUUUAAUCUAGGUUUAAGUGAAAAUAUCAUAUACCUUGUAUUUUUUAUUCAGAAAUAAAAAUGUACAAAUUAAACAGCAA